AUGAUUUCUGUUGAAUAUACGAGUUGGAAGAAAGUGCCAAUUGCUCAAAAAGAUAUGCUAUGGUCGGCAAUUAAGAAACGUUGGAAUAUUCCAAACGACGACCGUAAAAAAGAUGUGCUUAAAACAUGCAACAGCCAGUGGAGAGCCUUCAAGAAAAGGCUUAAAAAGAAAUGUGAUAACCAAAGAGAUCCACUUGAGACCUACUCAUAUUUGGAAAGAAGCACAUUGCAGAGCUUUAGACAGAGAAUAUCAUCAGAGGAGUUCCAAGAGAUAAGUGAGAAAGCGAGGGCGAGUUCAAUGCAUAAUAAGAAUCCUGCUCGUGUAGGACCACUUGGUUACAGGGGCAAGAAAGCUGAGUGGGAACAAGAGAUGGCAUCUGGUCAAUUGACACCUCAAUUGUAUCAGAUAAAAAGCGAGCGUUCACUGCAUUAUGUUUUGGGUAGAAGAUCUAAAAAUGAGUUGGGGUUGAACAUAAUACCGCCUACCAUACAACCCAUAGUAGACAAGCUUGUUGAUGUCCAGACUCAAAUCUCUGAAGGAGAUUUGGAGCUCAAUCCAGGAGAGGACUUGUUGACAAAGAUGCCUACCCCUUGUGAAUUGGUGUUACCCUAUGGGGAGUUGGACCAAAAAUGUGCUAAGGGAUUGGUCUUUCCAUAUGGGAAUGGGUUAAUACACACAUUGCCUUUACGAGAAAAUCACCUGAAGGUUCUGAUAGACGACAUCGAUAGUAGAUAUGAAAAUUUUCCUGUUCCUGUGAUGACAAAAGAAGUUGCUAACCUACAAGGGUCGGUUGGCACUGUAAUUCAAUGGCCCCGGAUUGCAAUUAUUCCUGCAAAGGAACAAAGAGCGAAGAAACAAAUCCCAACCACAAGUUUGGUGCCAACAAUUUCAAGGGCUAGUACAAAAAAGAAUAUACCCAACCAAACAUCCAACAAGGCGAGGCCGAUUGAAUAUCUUCGUGAUUGCUUGAAGACCAACCAAGUGGUUAACAUUGUAUCCGAUUCUGGGAUUUUGGAAGUCGGGACAUAUGAUUUUUCGGUUACAUGUGAAGAAUAUUUUCGAUUGCUGAGAAACAAACAAUUGAUGCUUCCAUCAUAA